ACACCCCUCUUGUCCCCCUCCAAGUUUGAAAUCAUCAAGCUUCACUUUACACAUUCCUCUCCCCCCAAUCGCUUCAUAAUAUAUUCACAAUGGCUUUGGAUCGUCUAAAGCAGGCUGCUGCUCAUGUCACUGGCUUGGGAGAUCCGCCUCACCCACUUGACCCUCUCUCUGCAUCGGAGAUUGAGCAAGCUGUUGCCAUUAUUCGCAAAGAGCACAGCAAUGUCUACUUCAACGCAGUCACACUAUGGGAGCCUCGCAAGGCAGUGUUGACAAAAUGGGUCGAGGAUCCAAAGAACACCCCAAGACCUAACCGAGUCGCUGAUGUCGUUGCUAUUGGAAAGGGAAGCAAGGUCUACGAUGGAAUCGUUGAUCUGACAGAAGGCAAGCUCCUGAGCUGGGAGUACACACCUGGUGUUCAGCCAUUGAUCACCAUGGAAGAUCUCCAGAUUGUGGAGAGCCUUGUUCGAAAAGACCCCAAAGUCAUCGAGCAAUGCGGAAUCAUCGGAAUUCCACCAGAGGAUAUGCACAAGGUCUACUGUGAUCCUUGGACCAUUGGCUACGACGAGCGCUUCGGAAACAACGUCAGAUUGCAGCAAGCUCUCAUGUACUACCGUCCCCACGUCGACGACAGCCAAUACUCCUACCCACUCGAUUUCACCCCCAUCUUCAACGCCGAUACCCAGGAGGUCAUUCACAUUGACGUCCCCCCUGUCCGACGACCUCUUAACAAGGCCCCUCCAAACAACUACCAUGCCGCAGCGAUUGAAGCCGAGGGCGGUUUCCGCACAGAUUUGAAGCCCAUCAACAUCACACAACCGGAGGGUGUCUCAUUCAAAAUGGACGGACGAACGCUUAGCUGGCAAAACUGGAAAGUCCACAUCGGAUUUAACUACCGCGAGGGUAUUGUUCUCUCCAACAUCACGUUCAACGACAAGGGCAACGAGCGACCAACUUUCUGGCGACUUUCCCUCGCUGAGAUGGUCGUUCCCUACGGAAACCCAGACCACCCGCAUCAGAGGAAGCACGCCUUCGAUUUGGGCGAGUACGGAGGUGGCUACAUGACCAACUCCCUCAGCUUGGGCUGCGACUGCAAGGGCGCCAUUCACUACAUGGACGCCGCAUUCGUGAACCGCGCCGGUGCCGCUCAAACCAUCAAGAACGCCAUCUGCAUCCACGAGGAAGACGCCGGUAUCCUCUUCAAGCACACCGACUUCCGCGACGAGAGCGUGACCGUCACUCGCGCCCGCAAGUUGAUCAUCUCGCAGAUCUUCACUGCCGCCAACUAUGAGUACUGCGUGUACUGGAUCUUCCACCAGGACGGCGCCAUCCAGCUCGAGAUCAAGCUCACUGGUAUCUUAAACACGUUCGCCAUGAACGAGGGCGAGGACCUCAAGGGCUGGGGAACAGAAGUCUACCCAGGCGUCAACGCACACAACCACCAGCAUCUCUUCUGUCUGCGCGUUGACCCCAACAUCGACGGUCCCAACAACACCGUCUACAUGGUUGACGCCGCCCGCGGUGCCGGCGAGGUCGGCAGCGCAGAAAACAAGUACGGAAACGCCUUCUACGCGAAGAAGACUAGGUUCGAGACCGCCGAGCAGUCCAAAUCCAACUACGACGGCUCCUUCAGCCGAACAUGGGAAAUGUGCAACGAGAGCAAACUCAACCCCUACAGCAAGAAGCCCGUCUCCUACAAGCUCGUCAGCAGAGAGGUCCCCGAGCUUCUCCCCAAGGAGGGCGGUCUCGUCUGGAAGCGUGCUGGAUUCGCCCGCCACGCCGUGCACGUCACACAAUACGACGACUCCCAGAUCCACCCAGCCGGCCGCCACGUGCCGCAAACCUCCGGCGAGCCCUCCGCCGGUCUCCCCGCCUGGAUCGCCGCCAACCCGCAAGCCAACAUCGCCAACACCGACGUCGUCCUCUGGCACACAUUCGGCAUCACGCACUUCCCGUCCCCCGAGGACUUCCCCGUCAUGCCCGCAGAGCCCAUGUCGCUCCUCCUGCGCCCUAGGAACUUCUUCACGAGGAACCCGUGCCUCGAUGUGCCGCCUAGCUACUGCAGCGUGCCUAGCGGCGUGAGGCAGGGCGGUGCGUUGGUGGAUAAGUUGAGCAAGUUGGCGUUUGGGGAGAAGAAUGAGAAGGAGGGAUCGUGCUGUGCGAAGUAGAGGGGUUGAGGGAUGAUGGAUGAUGAAGUGCUUGGGAAAUUUGAUGACUACCCUUGUUGUAUAUAAUGACGAACUUAUCUCUUCGGCGUCAGGCCAUUUUGAGAGGUAGGAAU